ACAAUCAGCGAUAUCAUUAUAUCCUGUAUAUCUAUAAUUAUUAAUAAUCGUGAAUCGUGAUGUAUGAACUAUGAAUUAUAAAAAUAUAAACUAAUGAACUUGCUGAAUACUGGAUAGUGGAUAUUGAUUAAUCGUACUAGAAUAGUAAAAAUAUUUUUUAAACGAUAACUUAUUAAGUACUAACGAAUUUGUGAAAUUAUUGAUUGUUCCGUAGCAGUAGUUUAGUAGUUGCGUUACCGUGGAAUAAAUUUCGACGGAGUUAUAACUCAUUUCCUGAAGCUGACAUUCAAAACCAAUCAUGUUUAAACCUCACCUGUUGGAAGUAGAAAGUUGGAAAGGCGAUUGGGGUUUGCCGUCAAUUGAUUAUAAAUGCCUCGAAGUUUUGGCUUUUGCAAGGUUUACAAAUGCGCCAAUUAAUAUUUACCAUUCGAACAAUCCAUACAAGUCCGUUACUGGACACUUGCCUGUUGUAAGUUAUAAUAAGCGGUUAUUAAUGGAUCGUGAUAGUCUAAUCGAUUGUCUUGAAAAGCAGAAUCUCACCCCAGAUUUUGGCUUAAGUAGUCUUCAAUUGGCUGAGGAACAUGCAGCUAUUAGUAUGAUUGAUGCUCAACUUGAACCAGCAUUAUUGUUCGCUUGGUGGAUGGAUGAAAGUAAUUGCCUUAAUUUUACUAAGCCAUGGUAUAGGAAUGCUUUAAAAUUUCCAUUUAAUUGGUACUAUCCAAAUGCAUAUGAGAGGGAAGCCAAGCACAAAAUCUAUACAUUGUACAAUCACCUAGAUUCUGACAAUGACAUAAUGACAGAGAUUUACGCUGAGGCCAUUAAGUGUAUGAAUGGUUUGGAAAGUCGUUUGGGCAACAAUUUCUAUUUCUUUGGGUCACAUCCUACAUUAUUAGAUGCCGUUGCUUACAGCUAUCUAGGGCCACUAUUAAAAGCACCUCUAUCUGAAAACAAAUUGCAAUCACAUUUGAAGACAUGUAAAAACUUGUGCAUUUGGAUAGACAGGAUAACGAGAGAAUACUUUAAAAUAGACUGGCAAGCGCACAAAUGCAACGAAAAGAAGAAACUUGAAGAGACUAAGCAGCAAAUGAAUGUCAUACCUUGGUAUAAGAAAGACGAGACAAAAAAUGUUUUAAUUGGAAUAGUCACAGUCAUUACAAUGGUUGUAUAUUCAUUUAAAAUUGGUCUCAUAAGUGUAAGCGAUACAAGUGAUGAGGAAGAUGAAGAUUGAUUAAUCGUAAAGUUUUUUAAUUAGUCAUUUUUUUAAUAUUAUUUUUUAUGUUCCUGAAUUUAUUAGACAUUAAAUAAAUGGAUCAAACUUA